UUUUACCAAGAGCGGAGCAGCAAGAAGAGUAGACGGAGAGGCGGCGAGAGAUAGAUGAACUCGUCUUCCGCUUCAUCGCCGCCAAGCCUGUCUAGGCCGGAGAGAGAGGAGCGGCAGAGGUUCUUCGACUCGCUGGCGAAGAAACACUGCUGGGCUAAGGCUGACACGGUGCCCGGCCGCCACCCCGAGCGGUGGCGCAAGGACGCUGCUGGCAACAUAGUCUGCAAACGCUUCUGCAAUUGCCAAGGCUGCCUUUGCUUCGAAUACGAUCACAUUCUCCCCUUCUCCAAAGGAGGUGAAUCAGUGGCUGAGAAUUGCCAGAUUCUUCAAACAAGAGUGAAUAGGCUCAAAUCAGACAAGAGUGAGAUUGACAUUACACAGUUAAAAGGCUACUCCUGUGAUAUCAAGUUCACUGAUAAGGAGCUCGAUAUUAUUGAAAUGGCAGUUUAUGGGGAUAUUGUCAGGCCAGGAAAGCAAUGCCGUUGUAGAACCAUUGAUGAGGUAUUGGGGAAACACAAGCCUAAGGACCACACUGCCCCAUGUACUUUGCCAUAAGGCGUUGAAUCAUUGUAGCAUGUAAGGAUUAGAAAACAAAGCGGUAAAUUUCAUCUUUGAAUGAUUAUUCCGAGGCUCUUGUUCCCAUUCUUUCUUGAAGCAAGAACUGUAGAACUGAUGUUGUAGCAUACAGGUAACUCUUCUUGUUCACCAAGCCUAUUGAGAAAUGGAUGGAGUGAUUAGGAAGGACAAGAUGCUAUUUUUGUUGCUAAAGAAUCAAACUUAUGUAACUUUGAUAUCUGCAUAAUUCCAACUGGUGGAUGAGUAAAUUUAUAAUUACUUUUUCUCAGUUUUCAUUUUAA